AAGAAGAAGGUAGUUUCAGUUGUUGUUGGUGCAGGUGAGGGAGUGCUGAUCAUGGCAGAGGAUGUUGCUGUAUCAGAGGAGACUUUAACAAGUGCUCUGACUAAGUUGGUGAAUUUGAGCAAAGGCAUUCUGCAGAAAGUCAAGCAGGAAGCAAAAGAAGGGUCCCUUGAGAACUUUGUCCCAUAUAAUAUCACCUCUUUAUUCGGCCUGAUCGCAGCUGGAACGGACUUCUACAAAAGCAUUGGAGUGAAGACAAAGAGUGAAGCAGAGGCCAUUUGGCAGAAGUCUUAUCACCAUGCAGCAGUGAGAGAGCAGGUAGAGGAACUUCUACAGCUAGAGAGUGAAUGGGACUCAUUCCUGGAGAGUGUGGACCAAGCUCUGCAGACAACAGAUGGACAGCUGUCAGGAGGAAAGAUGGUAGACAGCCUGAGCCCUGAUACUCCGUUCACUGAUGGACGGAGUGGAAAGAGUGUGACUCUGGGUCAGUACCUCAGUCAGGGUCAGAAGCUGCUGCUGGUUCUCAUCAGACAUUUUGGAUGACUACCGUGACGAGACCAUGUGGCCGAGCUGGAGGCCAGUCAGGCUGUCCUGGAGGCUCGGUCAGUGCGGGUCUUGGUGGUUUCUUUCGGCAGUGUGGAGGGAGCUCAGCUGUGGCUGGAGCAGACCAGAUGUACAUUCGAGAUCCUGCUGGAUCCAAACAGAAUGAUUUACAGGAGUUUUGGCCUCGGCUCGUCCUACGCCAAGGUGAUGAAGUUCGGGUGCUUACUGCAGUACUCAGAGUACGGAGCUGUGGAAGAGAUUUCCCCGACGUCCCCCAUCGCCUGCUGAAGAUAUCUACCAGAUGGGAGGUGACUUUUUGCUGGAUGAAGCAGGGAAGGUCCUCAUGUCUCACCCGUCUAAAACCCCUCUGGACAGGCCGACUGUGAAAAACAUCCUGCAGGCCGUGGACCCAGCAAAGCUGUGAAAGAUAUUUUUGAAGAUACACAUGUGGUGUGAAACACAUCACUGACACCACAGAGGAAGAGCGUUUCUUUGGCUCACGUUUAUGACGUCACGUCUCACACUCAUGACACCAUGAAGAGGCGUAACUGAGAACUGUGAAGCAAAGACAUCUGAUCUUCUUUGUUGUGUCAGUGUUGUGAUUGGUGCAUUUAUAAAUGAGUGGUACUAGUGGAUUACAUGUAAUUCAAUUACAAUCAAUAAUAUUAAUAAUUAAGAAUAAGUUUAACGCACACAGAUUGGCUUAGCAAAUUUAUCCAGAUCUGUAACGUAAAGGCUUUAAUUUAACGAUGCAUUACGCAUCUCCGGAUAUGGGCGGCCGUGAGAGGUAACAUUUCUAAUUUGAUAACCCAGAAACAUGAUGUUACCACUUCCUACUUCAUGAAACUUAUUUUCUAUGUGGGUGGUCAGUGAGAAGAUGAAGGAAAGAAAAGUCUAUGCUGCUGCAUCCUUUGUUUCUAAUUUCAUCUUUUAAUGCAUUUUAAGAUUAAACUGCACUCUUAAGAUUUAAAUCUUAAAACUUGCUUACACCUGGAAAAAUAUGUAUUUGCUGCUGUUCUACAGAUCUGAUCUUUUCAUAUCUAUAAAUAAAAUAAGACAAUUUGUCAUGAACUGUG